UCCAAUCCACACCCGGAAGCUAAGGGCGCUCGCCUCUCGGACGCCUUCUUCUGGCACAGCGUAGUUUAACUUCUGGUUUCAUGGGCAACUUAUUGACAUAAUCCACUCGGUGAAGUCGGGGUGAUAGAUUCGCGUUUGGGAAAGCGUUUCGGAGGAGCUUUUUUUCGCUGUCGUGACCCUGCGGGUUUGAACGGAGAGGCUCCAAACCGCCGGCCGCCGUCAUUGACAUUGACAGAUCAGUUGUGCUGUGCAGGCGUGCGCAAGUUGAUGUGGAUAUAGUGGGCUUCGUACCCAUAUUCCUCCGGUUUCCCCUGCUACAAUGAGUGAAUAUUUUAGCCUUUCGGAUUGCGAUGUCAUUGGCUUCGAUUUGGACCACACACUCUGCCGAUACCAUCUGAAGGAGACCUCCAGGCUGAUCUAUGAGAGCUUUGCCAGGUAUCUGGUGGAGCAUAAAGGCUAUGACAAGGACCUCUUGAACUUAACUCCCGCUACCUGGGAUUUCUGUUUCAAAGGGCUAGUGGUGGAUCUUGAGGAUGGAAACCUGGUGAAGUUGGCGGAAGAUGGAACGGUUUUAAGAGCAACACAUGGAACCAGUGACCUCAGCACAGAAGAGAUCAUCAAACAUUAUGGUCCAAAAAGGGAGUGGAAGCACUUCAAUAGCCUCAAUACCUCCUUCACAAGAUCUGCAAAAUACUAUUUCUAUGACAACUAUUUUGAUCUACCUGGGGCUCUUCUCUGCGGAAGAGUUGUGGACAUGUUGCACAAGCGUGGAAAUGAGGUGAAUUCAGACUUUUGGAAAGACAUGAUUGCUGCUAUCGACCAUAAUUACAACACAUCUGCAUUCAAAGAGGACGCAGGCACCUACUUCCCCAGCGUGAAGAGGGACCCGGGCCGGUACCUGCAGCCCUGCUCUGACUCCGUCAAGACCUGGCUACGCAGCAUGAAGAACGCCGGGAAGGUCCUCCUGCUCAUCACCAGCUCCCACAGCGACUACUGCAGGCUUAUCUGCGACCACAUCCUGGGGAAGGACUUUGAGGAGCUUUUUGACGUCAUCAUCACCAACGCCCUAAAACCGGGGUUCUUCUCCUUGGUGCCCCAGCAGAGGCCCUUCAGGACCCUCGUGAACGACGUGGAGGAGAGCGAGGGGCUGCCGUCGCUGGACAAGCCCGGCUGGUACUCCCAGGGCAACUGGCUGCACCUCCACGAGCUGCUCAAGACGAUGACCGGGAAACCAGAGCCCAAGGUAGUUUAUUUUGGGGAUAGCUUGCGGUCGGACAUGUUCCCUGCUAGCAGCUUUUGCAAGUGGGAGACUGUGAUGAUUGUGGAGGAAAUGGAGGGAGAGGGUGUCCCGAAGAGCGAUGCAGCAAAGUCCAAUGAGGCCCAAGUGGAACCGCUGGAGAAAAAGGGAAAGUUUGAGGACCAAGGCAUGAAGACCCCCUCUGCUGUGUCCAAGCAGUGGGGCUCCUACUUUGUUGACGUGUACAAAAGUGGAGGCGAGGACGAGGAGAGCCAGAAACUGACCUGGUGCUGCCACUGCAUUCACAAAUACAGCGCCAUGGCCAUCCCUAGUGUUGAGCACAUAGCAGAUCUCCCCCUGGACUACAAGUUCCCCAGGUUUUCCCCCGACAAGCCGUGCACCACCGGCUACUACCCCAGGCCUCCAGAUUCCCUGCUGAAGAGGUGCCAGAGUCUGUCGUAA